CGUUGUGGUUGCUGCCGCUGGCGAGCUUUGCCUUCCUCUACGCCCUGAGCUCCUGCGUUUGCGGGGUUGGGCUGCUUCUGUGGGUCCCCUCUAGAGGAAUCGCCCCGAUCCACGGCUCAGAGGCGGCAGGAGACGGGGCGAGGCUUUGGGCAGGCUGAAGUCACUUCGCCUCUAGCCGACUCUCGGCGCGCUCCGCCUUCGCCAGGUCCGGGCACCGGACGGGACUGAAUGCCAUUAUUGCGCGCCUCUGCAGCCCUCUCGGACGCUUGGUUGUGGAAGCGAGCUGGAGGAGAAGGCGGGAGCCGCGGGGCGCGAGCCAUGGCUGAGGGGCAGCAGGUGGGCCCCGCCGUCGACGCCUGGGAAAUCGACGUGGAGAGCCUGGAAGAGCCCGAGCAGCCGCCGCGUGCGCCUUCCUUACAGGCCGCUGGAGACGACGACGAGGAAGACGACAACCAGGGUGACGACGACGAUGACGGCGAAGAAGACGAAGAGGAAGCCGGGGCAGCAGGCGGUUGCCUUCUCCGGUUGCCUGGGCUGCCUCAGCCGCAGCUUGUCUCGCCGUCGCCGUCGGCGGAGGAAGGUGGCGUAGGCGGCGGGGAGCAGCCGGUCCGCAAGCUUAGCCGCACACCCAAGUGCGCGCGCUGCCGCAACCACGGCGUGGUGUCCUGCCUGAAAGGCCACAAGCGCUUCUGCCGCUGGCGGGACUGCCAGUGUGCCAACUGCCUGCUGGUGGUGGAGCGGCAGCGCGUCAUGGCCGCCCAGGUGGCGCUUCGCAGGCAGCAGGCCACCGAGGAUAAGAAGGGACAUACGGGGAAACAGGCUAAUUUUGAGCGCAGAACAGUGUACCAGAGACAUAUUCGGACGCCUAGUUUGUUGGCUAAAAGCAUUUUAGAAGGUUAUCGCCCCAUUCCAGCAGAACCUUACCUUGGAGGGAAUUCAUCCUUGCCACCUCCUGUUAGCGACAGAAUGAGAAAAAGACGGGCUUUUGCUGACAAAGAACUUGAGAACAUAAUGCUUGAACGGGAAUAUAAGGAACGAGAAAUGAUGGAAGCCACCCAGGCUGCCGCUUUCUUCCUGCCAAACCGGAUGGUACAUGGGCCCGAGUACAAUUCUUAUAAAAGUUUUAACCCUCAUCAACUUGAAGCUUCCAGUAAGGAGUUUUGUGGUUUUCUGCCUACCUGCUUAGAUCUGACUAUGCAGUAUUCAGGCUCAGGAAACAUGGAACUGAUCUCAUCAAAUUUGAGUGUGGCCACUACCUACAGGCAAUAUCCUUUACCCUCCAGAUUCUUGGUGUGGCCAAAAUGUGGCCCUCUCAAUGAUGCCCUUCUCUAUCAGCAAUGCCUUCUAAACGCUACUACAGUCCAGUCUCUUAAACCUGGAGUAGCUUGGGACAAUAAAGCUUCCCAUGGCCAGGAUUUUCCCACCUCUGAACAUGACAUCACAUUGUCAAAAAAUGAGAACACAUUGCACCAUCCUCAUGUUCGGGAACUUGAGACACCGCAAAACGAACUCCAAAACAUCUCUCGGGAGGCUCAUGAGAGGUCAGCAUUUUCAUCUCCUAAGAGGACCUUUUCACAGAUUUCUGGCAAAGAUCCUACAGUUCAUCAGGACCCGCCUCUCAACAAGAUCAACAAAGAAAGCAACAAGCAGCAUCUGCUACUGCCACCCUCAUCCAAAUAUAGCCCAUUCCAUUCAUUAUUCCAGCAGACGCUUCAUAGCAAAUCAGGAUCAGAGUUAAAAACCAGUUUUGAUGAGGCAUCCAAGAAAUAUAGAGAGUGUACCUUCAGAGAAAACCAAAAGUACAAAUUCAGCAUUGACAGAUAUGCAAAAGACUUUCUGGACACUAAACAAGUUGUAACAAAAUUAUCAACAAAUGAACCAUUACCAUUUUCUGUUGAAUCAAUUCUUAAGCGACCCUCUUCAAUGGUCACCAAUGUUUCUCAGUAGGCUGAGAAUGUGAUCUUCCACACAAAUCUAUUGGCACUUAGAAUUGAACUUAACCAUAUGUGCCUUUUGAAUUCAUUACAGAGUUCUUCUGCUUAGGCACUUUGUCCACCAUACACUUGAAAGGCGUUCUUCAGAUUUUGUUGAAAUUGAUUUCCAAUAAGCAGGUUUUGAACUACAACGCAGCACUA